AUUAUUUCAAAUUACAAAGAUGAAAGUCACUCUGGCGUUAGCGACUUUCUGCCUUGUGGCUGCCUGCGCCGCUGCGCAAAAGGGCAGAACCACCACAACCACAGGCACCAAGCCGGGUCGUUUCCUCUCCCUGCCAGUGCCCGCCAAGUGCGCUAGCCGCCCCAAGGAAUUCUCGUACCGCGGCAAAAACAUGUUCCUAAGCACCCACGUGCCGGCGCUUGCCAACAGGAAGGUCGACUGGUUGGAUGGCCGUAACCUGUGCCGCGAAUACUGCAUGGAUCUGGUCGCCCUGGAGACCCAAGAGAAGAACAACCUGAUCUUCCGUGUCAUUCAACAGAACGAUGUCCCAUACAUCUGGACCGCUGGCCGCAUUUGCGAUUUCGCUGGUUGCGAAAACCGCCCAGAUCUGGAGCCCAAGAACAUCUAUGGAUGGUUCUGGUCCGCAACUCGCGAGAAGAUCCAGGCCACCAACCGCAUUCCACAGGGCUGGGGCUACAAUCCCUGGUCGCAGACCGGCCACAAGAAGCGCCCACAGCCCGACAAUGCUGAAUAUGACAUCAACCAGACCAAGGAGCAGUGCCUGUCCGUGCUGAACAAUGUCUACAACGAUGGCAUCGCAUGGCACGACGUUGCCUGCUACCAUGAGAAGCCCGUCAUCUGCGAGGAUAACGAGGAGCUGCUGCGCUAUGUGGCGGCCACAAAUCCGGGCAUCCGUCUAUAAGAUGUUCAUUAUCUUCGUAUUGUUUGUGUAAUUUUAAAGCUACUUAUUAUAAUACUCCCUAAAAUGAGUUUUUUUUGUAUAA